AUGGAAGCAUUAAGGCAGCUCGUAUAUAAUGGUCAGGCCAGUGUUCGAAGACCAGCUCGGCCUACUUACCAAAAGCCUUAUCCUGCUUACAUUGGUGAUUUACCCUUCCCAAGGGGCUUUAAAGUCCCAAGUUUCAGCCUGUUCAAUGGGGAAGACUUAUACGCAUUAGCAUUGGAACAUAUAGGGUGGUUCUCAGCCCAAUGCGUAUCCAUAGAAACCCAACCCCUCUUGAAGUUGAGAUUAUUUGGUAGCUUUUUAUCAGGUCAGGCUUUUACCUGGUACUCCAAUCUCAGCCCGAACUCCAUCCUCGGAUGGGCAAAGAUGGAAGGAGCCUUUAUGGAAUAA